CUGCCCCGCGCCCGCCGUGCCCAGCUCGCCCGAGCCCGCCUCCCUCCCGCGCCUCGGCCAGGUUUCAGCAGACCUCCUCACAAUGCCCUCGCAAAUGGAGCACGCCAUGGAGACCAUGAUGCUCACGUUUCACAGAUUUGCCGGGGACAAAGACUACCUGACGAAGGAGGACCUGAGAGUGCUCAUGGAAAGGGAAUUCCCUGGGUUUUUGGAAAAUCAAAAGGACCCUCUGGCCGUGGACAAAAUAAUGAAGGACCUGGACCAGUGUCGAGACGGCAAAGUGGGCUUCCAGAGCUUUCUGUCGCUAGUGGCAGGUCUCAUCAUUGCAUGCAAUGACUAUUUUGUAGUGCACAUGAAGCAGAAGGGAAAGAAAUAGAGUCAAGCAGUAACGUUCCCGCCCUGAGAGUUCUCCGCUGGGUCGCCAAAGGAUCUGCCCCAACAGCUUCUCCCAGUAUAAAGAUUUCAUGAGCAGAUCUGAAAAUGCAAAUAACACCAAGUCCAAUUUGACAGGCAGGGAGAAAAAAAAAAAAAAGUUAAAUGACAGAGAAGCUUGAUUUUUAUAUUGUUUGCAUCCUCUUGCCCUCAAUAAAUAAAGUCCUUUUUUAGUUCUGGA